AGGACAAGGGGGCUCUGGGAACAUGGCGGCGGCGGCGGGAGCUCCGGCGGGAGCCGCUCCGGUGUGCGUGCUGGUGCUGGGCAUGGCCGGCUCCGGAAAAACCACCUUCGUGCAGCGUCUGGCCGCCCACCUGCACGGGCAGCGCUGCCCUCCGUACGUGAUCAACCUGGACCCUGCCGUGCACAGCCUGCCCUUCCCCGCCAACAUCGAUAUCAGGGACACCGUGAAGUACAAAGAGGUCAUGAAGCAAUAUGGGCUGGGCCCAAACGGCGGCAUAGUGACCUCUCUGAAUCUCUUUGCCACAAGGUUUGACCAGGUGAUGAAGUUUAUUGAAAAAAGGCAAAAUGCAUCUAAGUAUGUUAUUAUUGACACACCAGGGCAAAUUGAGGUAUUCACUUGGUCAGCAUCAGGAACCAUCAUAACGGAGGCUUUGGCCUCCUCUUUCCCUUCAGUUGUUGUCUAUGUGAUGGACACCUCUCGCAGUACCAACCCCAUCACCUUCAUGUCCAACAUGCUCUAUGCCUGCAGUAUCUUGUACAAGACAAAGCUACCUUUCAUCGUGGUUAUGAACAAAACUGACAUAAUCGACCACAGUUUCGCAGUGGAAUGGAUGCAGGACUUUGAGACUUUUCAGGAUGCCCUGAACCAAGAGACCUCCUAUGUCAGUAACCUGACUCGUUCCAUGAGUUUAGUAUUGGAUGAAUUUUACAGCUCCCUGAAGGUGGUCGGUGUUUCUGCAGUGCUUGGCACAGGACUGGAGGAGUUUUUUACCCAGCUUUCUAAAGCUGUGGAUGAAUACGAGCGAGAGUAUCGUCCAGAAUAUGAGCGCCUGAGAAAAACACUGGAGGAAGCUCAGGAGAAACAGAAGAAAGAGCAGCUGGAGCACUUGUGGAAGGACAUGGGCAGUGUGUGCAUGCAGAGCAGCACCCUGGCAGGAUCUGGUGAUGCUUCUGCAAUGGGUCCCUCUGAGCUAAUCCUCACACGAGGAACUCUCGAUGAAGAGGAAGAAGAGAGGGACAGUGAUACCGACGACAUUGACCAUGAAGUGACUGAGGAGAGUCAUGAAGAACCAGCCUUCAGAAACUUCAUGCAAGACAUGCGGAUGAAAUGCCAGAGAAAAAGCAACCUGAAUGAAUGAGACCUUCACAGACAGAAGGUUUGGGAGGAACAGCAUAAAGAAACUUGCACGGAGCCAUGAGUGAAGGCUUUUAUUUGUGAACUUGUUUCCUCUGAUAGAUUUUUAUUUCUCUUUCUGCAGUAACUGUUGGUCAUGUGAGUUAAAGAUCUCGGAGCCAACUGACUGCACAGUUUGCCAUCUGCACUGUGGCUUCCUGAAGCUGAGGGAAUCGGAUAGCAGUUUCUUUUCCUCCAGAUUCUUCAGAUCUGUCUGUUGAGAGCUUAGAUUGUGAGCUCUGGCAGGCAGCAUUAGUAUCUGCAGCACUAAUUGGUCCCUAGAACGUGUUCCAUUCACGUGUGCAGCCAGGUGUCUGCUGCAGCCAGGGCACAAGUGAUGCUGUACUGAACUUUAUCAAUCUGCUCACUGUUUGAUGGUUUGGUUUCUGUUAAGUAUAUUUUAUGUACUAACAAAUGUGUGAUAAUAACAGAAGGGAAUUUCAUUUUAAGCACUGUUCUAAGGUGAGAUUUUUUCCCUGUCCUUGCAACCCAUCUGUAUGGAUGUGCAGCAAAUGCUUCUUCAUUACAUUGUACAGAUGUGGUACAGAUUCCUCCCAGGAAAAUCCUGAGCAAAGAAAGUUCCCAGGAAAGUAAUAAAAAGUCUCUGGCUUGAUUUGGCUGAGAACAGAAGUGCACAUAGUUAUGUACUGGCUGCAUCUGUCCCUAGGUUACUUAAAGCAGAGGCAUUUCCAUAGAUGGGUGCUGACCUGGAAUACACACAAGUGCUUAGAGACUGGCUAAUACUUACUUUUCAUGGUAGGCACUUGCAGUUUAGAAGUCUGGACCCUGAAUCUCUGGGGUUUUCUCCUCCACACAAAGGGGUGGCCUCACUGGGUAGGUCUCUGAGUGCAAGUCUGGCACAGGUUGGCUAGCACCAAUCCCAAAUGGCUAGUGUGGAAUAACCACUCUGCUUUAAUUUAUAAAUCACUGCUUCUCUUAGUGGAUAAACCCUUCAACUUUACUUCAAUUUCACCAAGUUCUGAACUGUGGCCACUGUGUCCCUGGUGGAAUUCUGUGUAUGGUCCUAUGGGAAUGUUCCCAAGGAGCAAUUCUGUGUAUGGUCCUAUGGAAUGUUCCCAAGGAACAAUUCUGUAUAUGGUCCUAUGGAAUGUUCACAAGGAACCACUCUGCCCUAACCUGUGACUGUAGCCCAGGGGUGACCUCGUCCCAACACCUCCAGCUGUGUCAGUGAGUCCUGACUGUGCCCAUGCUGACCCAUCACAGGUUCCUCUGCCUGCUGCCCUGGGGAGCAUCCCUAAAGUGCCACCAAGAGAGGAGCUCCUGUGGGCACAGUGUCCUGGGAUUCAGGGGAAAAGAAGGGCUUUUCGGUCUUCAGCACCUCACACUCCAUCAGCACUGCUAGCAAACAGUCCAGCCCCUGGAGGACACAGACAGUCACAUUUUACAGGUCCUGUCUCACUUCAGCUUCCCAAGGGACACUCUGAGAGGGAGAGGGAAGGAAACAGGUCUGGUCGGACAGCCUGCUCCCAGAAAAUCAUCCUAACCCUUAAGCACUAAAUAGAGAUGUAAGAACUUCCCAAAACAUGGAUUUCCCUGCAGACUGAGGGCUUAGAGUGGCACUAAGUUGAAGCAGAGGCUGGACCUGUCAUGAACAGACCAUAUAAAUAUAAGAGGUAAGAGCCACUCAGACAAUUCCAUAAAACAUUCCAAAAUCCAUCUCCUGGGAUAUGAUAAUCUUUGGGUUUUUUUUAGUAUUGUCAAUUUUAAAUUUUCUUCCCAGGUUUUUGUCUUUCCCUUGGAUCCUUUUAACUCUUGUUUCAGUUUGUCAUUUUGGUAUCGUAGAGACAAUUUUACAAUACUAAUUCAAUUUAUUUCCUUUAUUUCAUUUCUCAAAUUACCAUUUUAUCAUCUGUUCCCUCCAUUGCCGUGCAAACUUUAAACAUAGUGCCAGUGCAUUACAAAUAAUACUUUCUCCCUUUUAUCUUUCAGCAGUCCCCAUUUUUCAUCUAUUUUGUCCUACAUUUUCUCCCACUUGUACCAGUUAUCUACUGGCCAAAGCUCAUCAGUUUCAAUAUGAAAACUGUGCCUUUGCAGGUAAUCUGCCAAGCCUUUUGUCUGUUUCUCUAAAUUGUGUGCCAUCCUGUCUUCAACUAUGCCAAAAAUGUCAUGGAACAAGUGGGAGCUUCAGGCAAGCUCUGCCUUAGCCUCAGAUUUUUAGCAACCUCUUAAAUUCAAGAAAGCGCUCUGGCCCGCAAGUUCUAAGGAUUGCAAAUCAAGGCAAUUCAUAAAAUCAGUUAUUUAUUGAACAGACAGGAGAUAACAGACAAAAGGUCUUUACUACACAGUAUAAACAAGAAAAGUGCAUAUUACUUUUAUGUAAUCUACAUAUUUUAAAGCUAGCAAAAGAAAGAUUAUUGAUUAGGGGUCAAGUGGAAUUUGGCACCAAAUGCCAUUGUUGUACCCAGAGUCCUUUCACUCACUGUCCAGAGGAGUAACUGCAAUGCAGGCUCGCUUCUCUGGAGAGAAACUCCACACAUUUACAGGGGAUUUACAGCAGGAACAUUUCUGCUUUGGGAAAGUUUGGUGUGACUUUUGUAGCUUUUACAUUAAAGUGAGGUGCCUGUCAGUGAGAAAUCCAGCUUAUCUUUCCAGGUCUCACUCUCACAGUAAGAUGUUCAUUGUCAGCCUGGAGCAUUCAUCCCGUGGCACCAAACCAAGGUGCUAUGAGACAGCUUGUCCUGUUUGAGUCAUUUCACCAUUUUACAAGCAGCUGAUGAGCUCUCCCGGGGGUGAGAUGUGCUCCAUCUCCUGGGAAUGAGAUGUGCUCCAUCUCCCAGGGGUGAGAUGUGCUCCAUCCCUCCUGCAGGUGAGAUGUGCUCCAUCUCCCAGGGGUGAGAUGUGCUCCUUCUCCUGUGGGUGAGAUGUGCUCCAUCUCCCAGGGAUGAGAUGUGCUCCAUCCCUCCUGCAGGUGAGAUGUGCUCCAGCUCUCCCGGGGGUGGGAUGCCCUGAUCCAGGUGCCUCUGUGGAUGAUGCAGAACUCCUCCCUUCCCAAGCAAUCCGUUCCGUACCGGGUCAGGAUCAGGUGUGGCAGUGGCCAAAGCUGGCAGUGCGAGGGGGUGUCGGGCUCUGCCCCCUUCCCAGCCCUGCUCACGCCUCCAGGGGAAUGUGGCAGCGCCUGCAGAGCUGGAUGCUGCUCCAGGCAGGAUGGCAGCUCCUCCCGCCCUCUCACUCAGCACCAUCAGGAUUUUUAAUGCCCCUGCUUUGACCUUUCGUUUCCUUACUGACCACAUGAGAAAACCCAGCAAAUCCUAAGAAAUUCCUGCGUGACAGAAGGUCAGAUUUAGGGUGGUGUUACAAACUUUCUGUUUGGACACCUGUCCACAGGUUCCUACAUGCCUUGUGCCACCACCACCACCAGUCCUCAGUGAUCUCCAGUGACCUGGAACAGCUGCCCCAGUGCCAGUCUGUGUCUGCAGCAGCCCCAGCCAGGCUGAGCAGGGCCAUUGGGCUGCACAGGUCCCCGAGGCUCCUGAUUUCCCCAGGAUCUGCCAUUUACCUCUAGGAGCGGCAGCCAGAAGAUGUGUCAAAGCACCUUCUUCAGCAUUUCAGGGAAGGGCCACAGUGAGCAUGUUUUGCAACUCAUUGUUAAAUUGAGAAUAAAAAAUCCCCAGCUGCCUUACACCCUGGCUGUUUUUUUUUUUUUGUUCCUGGCCAAGUAAAAACCCAGAAAAAUACCGCAAGAUAGGCUAGAAAAGAUGCAAAAAACGAAGAAAAAAAAACCCAACAUGGGUGAGAAUACCCAGAAAAAAACCCCCAAGAUGGGCAAGAAAAAACGCAGAAAACACCCACAGAAAACCAAGAAAAAAACCUCAAGAUGGGCAAGAAGAAUCCCAGAAAAAAAAUGCAAGAUGGACCAGAAAAAACCAAGGAAAAACCAGGAGAAAAAAAAAACAGGGGAAAAAAACCCGGAAAAAAAUCCCAAGAUGGGCAAGGAAAAACACAGAAAAAAAACAAGAAAAAAACCCCCAGAUGGGCAGGAAAAAACCCCCAAAAAAACCCCCCAAGACGGGCAAGGAGAAGAUCCACAAAAAACCGAGAAAAAUCACAGAAAAAACCCCAAAGAUGGGAAAGAAAAAAUACGGGAAAACACCCACAGAAAACAAAAAAAAAAAUCCCCAAGAUAUGCAAGAAGAAACGCAGAAAAAAACAGAAAAAAAACCCCAAGAUGGGCAAGAAGUAACCUGGAAAAAACCCCCCAAAAACUGGCAAGAAAAAAACAGAAAAAACUCCAAAAUGGGCAAGAAAAAUUGUCUUAAAAGGGUACUGAGAAAAUACGUCUCCCUUAGAGUCCCGCGGAAAGGUUCUCAGUGCGAUCUCUAUCAAGUGCUAUGAGUCUUGAUAAAUUGGAGAAGAGCCCAAGAGAAAUUUUUCAUCCCUUGAUAUAAAAGGGAUCGGUGGAUUUUAACUUUGGAGUCCCCUAUGCUAAGGAUGCUCAGCUUACAGGUGAUGAAAUGUUCAGUAAUGUAUUUGCUGCAGCUCUGCUUACCCAAGCUUUGGGUUCCUUCUGUCCCACUGGGAGUUGCCCAGUUUGGUUGCAUCUGGUGAAAUUCACCCUGAGACCUUACAGAACCAGCUCCAACUACGUGAGAGCCAUUUGCAGUUCUCUCCAGACACCUGGAGAAUGGGCGACGUUUCUGAGGAUCCGGCGAGCGUGCUUCUAUCAAAACUCAGUCUGUGAAAUUCCUGGGGAAAACCCUUCUGUGUCCUGAAGGGUUCAAACUCUGGUGAGGAUCCAGUUAUCAGGCGCUCACCUGGAUGGUUCCAGCUGCCAAAGGGAAAGGCUCUCGUAUCCUUGUCGUCGGGCUCGGUGCUGUCCAAGAAGAUACGGGGACUAAAAAAAUCAUAAGAAGCAAAAUAUGACUGCAGGGAAAAGAAGCUGGAGAGAACAGAAGAGCCCUGUUGUAUUAAUCAUCAUACAAGUGCAAAAGAAAAAAUCAGACCCUGUCCCAAGCACUUAGAGCCCAGAACACGAUUUCCUCAGGCUGCCAUUUGUGUGCCAUCGGUACUCACCACGGAAGGGAGCUGGGGAUUGUUGCAGCUGUUGGGAACAAACCGCUUCUCGUCACACAGAAAUGGAAUUGGGACGACACCUCGGCCAGCCCCUCUCUGCCAUCGUCUCCUGAAUCUGCAGCAGAGCAGUUCCAGUCCAUCCGGGCACGUGUAAUCCAGUUCCUGAUGAUCUGAGCACACGGAGCAGCGCUCAGCUGCUGUGGGGGCUCACGGAAGGCAGAGUGUGCAUUGUCAUCUUCCUGAACGUACAGACAAAUCAAAGUGAGAAGCCACAGCGUGGAAAUCAGUCGCAUAUAUGCUAAAUAAAACUUGCAGAUUUUUUUAAGAA